GAGAAGAAAUAGAUUCAGGUCAUCGGUCAGUUUCUUGUAAUUGUGGUACAUCUUGGAAAAGAGGAAGGCCUUCUGCUUUGGAACGGCAUAUUUUAGUUGAAUGCAAAACAGUUGAACCACAUGUUAAAGAAGCUGUACGAAGAAUGAUAGAAACACGUGAAAAAGAAUUAACUCAGAGCAAUCGUAAAAGAAAAGCAAAUGAUGAUCAACAGGAAAUUAAUAGUUAUUUUGAAAGUUUAGCACUAACUGAAGAUAUUAGAAAAAUACUUUAUGAUGCAGAUCUUUAUGAAGAAACUAAUGCAAUUACCUUUGAACAAGCUAUAAUAAAUGUUAAUAUUAAUCAGUCUAGUAUAGAUGAUGAUAAUGAUAUUGUUUCAGAAGAAUCUCUUGAGUUAGAAGAAGCUUUAGAUUUAUCAAAUCUAUCAUUUUUGCCAGAAACAGGUAGACAAACUGAUGCAGAUAUGGAUGAUGUUUUAGAAGCAGGGUCAAGCGACUGGUUGGAAGAAUUCAAUCAAGAGGAAGAUUAUGAUCCAGCUGAAUUAGGAGAAAU